AUGGUUAGCACCCAUAGAAAUAAGCAAAUUUUAGAGAACCGAGAAAGAUUGAAACCAAUCAUAGAGUCUAUUAUUUUUCUUGCUAGGCAAAACAUCCCACUUAGGGGAAACCAUGACUCCAGAAAACUUUUUAAAAAUGAAGAUUCACAACUUUCUACUGUAGAGUCUACAAUUAACCAAGGACAUUUUCGAGAACUUUUAAAAUACCGAAUCUUAUCUGGUGAUAGUGUGCUAGAAGAACAUUUAAAGUCAGAAAAUUCUAAAGCAACAUAUAUCAGCCCAUUACACCAAAAUGAACUGAUUAAAUGUUGUCAGAAUUUUAUUACUGAAAAAAUUAUUAAUGAAGUCAAUGAGAAUAAGUACUUCAGUAUAAUAUUUGAUGAAACCACCGAUGUUAGCCAUACUUCUCAAAUGAGCCUUGUUUUAAGGUAUGUUCAUAAGGGAGUUGUUAAAGAAAAUUUUAUAGCUUUUAUUAAUUGCCAUGAUUAUGCAUUUUCUUCUGAUAAGAUAAAUCGACGCCUGAAUGAUGAAGACAAUGAAGACAAUUUAGAUUUAAAUACAAUUACAUUAGAACCAAAGUUGACUGGAGAAAUUUUAGGAGAAAUAGUUGUUUCUACCCUUAAAGAUUUAAAUUUAAAUUGUAUGAAUUGUGUCGGCGUGGCAACGGAUGGAUGUUCCGUUAUGAUGUCUACUAUACGUGGAGCUGUUCAAAAAGUCCAAACAUAUGCGCCUCAUGCUGUUCAUUGUCCAUGCUCAAACCAUUCAUUAAAUUUGUCAAUUUCUAAAUCUUCAUCUGUUCAAGCUAUCCGAAAUAGUGUAGGCCUAAUGAAAGAAGUCAUUUCUUUUUUCAACAUGUCCUCCAAAAGAAAUUAUGUACUACUAGCCGUUUUAAAAGGGAAAGCACGCCUCAGAAGUUUAUGCGAAACACGAUGGGUUGAACGGCAUGAUAGUGUUAUAAUUUUUAAAUCAUCAUUACCAUACAUUUUGGAAGCAUUAACCGCAAUAUCAUCAUGGCAAGAAAAUGACUCCUCAUCAAAGGCAAGAACAUUAUUGACAGCCAUAUGUACCUGUGAAUUUAUUGUAUCAAUUUAUUCACUUGCUUCAUUACUAUGCGUUACAAUUUCUGUAAGUAAGAUAUUACAAAGUGUCAAUGCAGAUAUAAGUAACUCAACCAAUGUGAUUAAUGAUGUCAUAGAUAACUUAGAAAAAAAAGACAAAACAGUACAGAUGAAUUCAAUAUCUCGUCAAAAUUCAAGAUGCAACUAUUCAACCAAUUCUGUUGAGGAUUAUUACAGAAUAUCUAUUUAUAUUCCACUUUUAGACAGUGUGUUAGAUGACCUCAAGUGUCGGUUCUUAAAUGAAAAAAGUCAAGCCUUGUUAAAAUUAUCUCAGGUUAUACCUAGAAAUAUUGUUGAAACUGAUGAUGAAGAUGUAUAUAAUUUAAUAAAAUUAGUUAUAAAGUAUUUUACUUUCGAUGAAUAUAAUGAAAUAAAUGAAACAGAACUUAAGAGUGAACUGAAUCUUUGGAAAUCUAAGUGGAUCAGAGAAAAGAAUGAAGAAUUAAGGAACAUAUCAAAUUUGGAUGCUAUGACUUCAUUUGAGUUAUGCAGUGAGAUUCUUUAUCCUAAUAUUAAAAAACUCCUUCAUAUUAUUGCAUGUUUGCCUAUAAGUGUAGCUUCAGCUGAGCGAUCAUUUUCCACAUUAAGAAGAUUAAAAACUUGGUUGCGUUCUAAGAUGGGACAAGAUCGGCUAUGCGGUUUGGCUCUGCUACAUAUUCAUCGAGAAAUAGAUAUAUCAGUAGAUGAUAUAAUUAAACGCUUUGCUUCUUUAAAAAAAAGAAAUACUGACUUAAUAUUAUAA